AUGGAAACGCGGGAAUUCGCUACCAAGGACGAACUGUGGCGUUUCCAAGAGACGCUCCACGAGCUCUCUGCAACCCAAGCUCUUCAUUCCGAGAGAAUCAUGCGUUUGGAGCAGAAAAGCCAGAACUCCGAUGGAAUCAGGUCUAGGAGUGUAUGGGGUUCAACCUCUCCAUUUCCCGCCGGCUUGGGCUCCUCGCAUCACGAAAGCGUGCUCAAUCCCGCGGCUGAGGCAUUCCGGAAUUUUGACACCGAUGCGGGCACCAGCAUGAUGAGCUCGCUGACCUUGGAUGCGAACGACGACUCCCGACGGGUGGCAGCAUCGCGGGCCAACUCGGUCCGGUUCGAUGAAAGCGCAAACAACCACUAUGCUCCAUCCAGACAGUCGAUGGAACUUCCGCCGCGGACAGGGAGUGGCCUUAGUGGUCAUGCUCUUUCUGAACGGUCCCUUUCGCAUCGAUCCGACGGAAGACCGAGCGGUGUUGGCUUCGGUCGAACCAAUAGCUUCGGGCUGGAGCAGAGUCGUCUGCUUGGUUCCAUCCACAACUCACCACGAGUAUCCGGCAACCCUCCGCCGGGCUUUUUCGUCUUGGGACCAUGUCCGUCUAUCAUCCGUUGCUGGUUGACUGAGACGUUUACCAACGACUCGUUACUCUACGCUGUUGUUUGCACCGGUUCAUCAGCAUCAUGGGUGAGCGCAGCGCUUGUAGACAAACUCGAAUUGAACGGUUCGGUAAUCGACGAGGCAGAUGCCCGUACAAUCCGCCUCCCGGUGUACCUGACAGAAGCCAAGAUUCAGUCGUCAGCCGUGAGAUCUUCCAGCCCGGUCCCUCACAUUCCGACCUUGACCGUCAAGUUCAUUGUCGACGAGCAGCCGGUGACCGAUUCGUCUAUACAGAUCAUCCUCGGCAGCGACGUGUUGAAAUCACAUAGUGGCGACAUACUGUUUUCGCAGGACAAGCUGAUGAUUUUUGAUGAGGAGCGGAAUCAACUUUCCAUUCCGUUGGUCAGACCGGAGGACGACGCCUCUUAUAAGGACUUGUGCACUGCUUCUCGCAAUCGCGCUUCUGCAGGGGAAGCAGCCUUGCCCCCGCCAGCAUCUCCGGUCGGGGUGAUCGGGCGACCUGGGAGAAUGGAUUCGAUCCGAGGAGCUGGGUCACCCACAGCGGGCCCCACCAGUGGCAUAGCAUCAGCGACGACGUCGGAACCGGGCGACAGCCGCAGAACAGAACAUCAUGAUUCUUCAGCGAGACCCAGCUUAGACCUUAGCCACUCGAGGGCAGGCGAAGAUUCGAAGUCCACCACGGGGAGUGAAAAGUCUUUCAGCACCCCAAUGUCCAAGUCGGCCUCAGGCGCCUGGUCGAGUUCAUGGCGGACGGUAUCAUCGAGCGGACCCGCCGACGCCAGCACGAAACCACCAUCCAGUUACGCACGUCCGAGUAGUGCGCGACCCAUGAAGAUUCUCAGGCCAGGGAAGACGAUGGCCAACGCCACGCGAAGCGCCUCUUCCACCACGACGACAAAUGGAGUGGAAAGCACACCUACCAAAUCCAGCGAAGCCGGCCGCAAAACCAGUGCGACCAGUUCGGCGGGAGAUGCGCAGGCGAAAGCAGGGCAACCUCCGUCCACGACAAAGUCCAACCCUGUCGGCUCAGGCACGGCUUUUGGCUGGCUGAACUCGGGACCCCAACGCCGGACGACAGCAAACGGUUCAUGA